AUGCGCAAUUUCGUCCAGCAAACGCGUUCGCCGAGCCGCGGCACUUCCCAAGAGCGGGACACCCGUUUCGGCGGCUACGGUGACCGAGUCGGGUCGGGCGUCGAGCUCGCGCCCACCCAUUGGAAGGGCGGCGAAUUGGUGACUGACCCCACAUUGGUGAACAAGGUUCUGUAUGGGAUCAAGCCCAAGAAGUUCUUCUACUCUCCCAUUGGCGAUGGUGUCGUCGCCGCGGAUGGGGUGGAAUUGAAGCGCGGACCCACCGAUUUGACACCCAAAGUGGAGGUAAUCCAACAACGAGUCGUGGAGAAGGGAAGCCCAGGACAGUCCGGGCUUCGAGUCACCGAAAGAGCGUGGUCAAGCGGCGCGCCCGGUGCUGGUGGCGAAACUUUAACCCAAUCGGCUUAUUCCACCAAACCUGCAACUCCAACAGUUCAAUCGCCAGUCCCAGCCGCCGCUCCAGCUCCCCCGGCAGCAAGCACCAAUGUGGCGGCUAGCGCGGCGAGCCCCGUGGCAUCGCCUUUCGGCGGUUUAUCCGACCCUCUGGGCUUUGGAAAUGGCCCCGCGACAACCGCUGCGCCCAUCCCCAAUUAUGGGACUGCCAGCAGUGUUCCAUCGACAAAUUACAACACUUUGGCGUCCCGUCCAGCCACCGAACCGUAUGCUCCGUAUAGUACGCUUGGUUCUCAACGAUCUUCGGCCGCACCUUUUGAUAGUAAGACCAAUUUUGAGUGUUUUUGAAGCCGAUUCCGAGUUGUUUACAAAGUUUUGAAUUAUUCAAAGUGUUGUUUCAGCCUUUAACAGCAAACCCAGCAGUCGAGCUGGCAGCGUUUUGGACUAUCCGGCUUCAGGGAGAGCGAGCAGAGCCAGCAGUAAGUCAAAAACUCCCCAAUUUGCUAAAAUGAAAAAUACUCAACGUGCACUUUUUUUCGAGACUUUUUUUUUGUCAACUGGUGCAGGGAUUUGAUGACUUUUGGCAUCAGCACUUAGUUGGAAUUUUCAUCCUGGCGGGAACUGCGAGCGUUUGAAAAUGGGAUUUUUUGAUUUUGGAUCGGCUGUAACUUUUCACAUUUUUUGAGUUGCCCUUAGCUUUUAUACAUUUUUCAUCAUCGACCGGGGCCAAAAAUCUGCGAAUUUUCGAAUUUUUCACAUAUAUGCCCUGAGGGUACCUGGUGUUAACGCUAUCCAGCGGGACGAAACUGAGUUCCAUCAUUAUCUACGCAAAAUUCUAAGCCUUUUGAGCUAAAGGUCAUAAGUGUGGGAUCGACCGGUCGAAAGUUAUAAGCGAUUUUCGACAUUUUUCGGUUUUUUAUAGAUUUCACCAUCAAGAUGACGGAAUUUCUGGAUUUUGACAACGGAUUCUGAAUCAGCAUGCCUGACAUGCCCUAGAACCAUGUAUUGCGUUACCGUGUCGUAUUUCGUAUUUUAGCUAUUCGAGAUUUUCUGAAAUUUCCCAAAAAAGUCCAAAUUUUCCGGAAAGUAUUCCGGAAAAACUAGAUCGAAAUCCAAAAAAAGGGCUUCGGCAUUGUCUCGGCAAUAGACUGAAGUUACUCUGUGCUUAUUUUCGGCUUCUGAUACGGUGCCGGAAUGCUCAUCGAACGCACCGUAGCGAAUUUUCGGGAUUUUUUGCAGAAAAUCGGCCCUCAGGGCUCGGACUUCAAAUUUUUCGGAUUUUCGAGAAAAGCCCCGUAAUGAGCACCUCAAACUGCCCUAGAAUCAACUUUCACUUCCCAACAUACGACCAUCUUACCCCGCCCGCCUAGCGACAAAGACAAAAAUUCGAAAUUUUCUGGAUCCGCCCUUCCAGAACUCGGCUGCCAGUGGAGCUAUCGACACGAUCUUGGUACCAAUCGACGCAGAAUCAAAUUUUGGGUAAUAUUCAUGUGCGCAACUCCAACUUUUCGUAAAAUACGACCGUCCAGACCAAAAUAAAAUUUUUUCAGCGAACUAAAUGCGCCCCGAGGGCAAAAGUGCAAAAUUCAAAAUUCGGCUCGGGUCAAUUUUCGACAAAUUCCAUAAGCUUCCUUCGUGCCAAAUUUCAGCCCAAUCGCUUUCGAAUUCCGUGAGCACCGGCCGAAUUUCGGCCAAGAGUGGGCAUUUCGGCCGAAAAUCAGCCAUACGGCCGCUAAAUUCAAAUUUCGUGAAUCGAGACUUGGACCAUCGUGCUCAGCGUGAAAAACCGGUCCAGAAACCGCUUUCAUUUCCUAAAAUACGACUCGGCGAGGCCGAAGGCCGAGCCAAACUGACUUUUUUGGAAGCUUCGGCGGCCGAAGGCCGCCGUCGGUCACGGAACCUACUGCAUAUUGUUGUAGAGUGCUGCAGCGCACUGUUCCGAGGCCGAAGGCCGAGGUAAAGUUCAAUAACGAUGGAGUAAGACAAAAAAAAUGAUUUUGCGAGGCCGAAGGCCGAGCCAAACCGACUUUUUUGGAAGCUUCGGCGGCCGAAGGCCGCCGUGGGUUACGGAACCUUCUGAAUGUUGCUGUAGAGUGCUGUAGCGCACUGUGCCGAGGCCGGAGGCCGAGGCAAUGUCCUAAGAACAGUUGAUUGGUCAAAGUUAAAAAAAGGUAGCGCUGGCGCGCGGCAUUUAGCUAACAGAAGUGCCGGGCUUGAGGCAGUAUAACGCGCGUCAGCGCGUUGUUGGCCACGCGAAGCGUGGCCUGGACGAUCAACUGUAGUGCAUGCGAUCAAGUCAACUUCACGUUGGGCAACCUUUGCGCGCACAGCGGCGUCAAGGCCCGCGUCAGCGGGGCUUGUCAUUUUUUAAGGUCAUCCUUGGUAAAAUGGAUUAUAUCCUAAAAACUUGUUGAUUAUGUUAUUAUUGUAUUUAAAAUAUCCCACAAGUCUCUAUGAAGCGACUUUUAACUAUGACGCAUACGAACAUCAUCUUCCACAUGACUCAAGCCACAGAGAAAAAAAUUAAUUUCCAGCCACCGCCGAUCUGUUCAGCGAGCCCGGCUAUCGUUACGAGAUCAAGAAGGACUAUCAGGUGACCAAUCCGAAGGAGCUCAUCCAUCAGUAUGCCACCACCACCCCCAUUCAGACCAUCCCCGGCUACGAGCAGGAGACCACCCGCUUGGUGAAACAGAGCUAUCACAGCGUCACCGAAGAGACGUAAGUCGCGAUUGAGUCACAGUAAAUACUGCCCCUACACUCGGAAAACAAUUUGAACCGUUUUUGGUCGUCAAAUAAGAAAAUUUUUGGAAAAUUGAAAAUAUUGUUUUGGCUGAAUUAAGGGAAAAGUCUAUAUGAAACAGCUGAUAUCAAGCUGGUUUUUGCUUCGAUUCGUAUAGAUAUGAUAGCAGAGAUCAUGUGGGCUCUGUUUUAUUAUAUUUCGAGGGGUUUAGACAUUAGAAAAUAAAAAAAAUUUGAGAUUUUUCGCAAAAAUGACGUCAAUUUGAUUAUUUUUGGCCUGAUAUUAAAAGUGGCAAACAUUUUUACUACUAUGACUAGUACAUCAGAUAUUAUACUAUGCACAACAAUCUUGUUUUCACCGAUUUUUUGUUGGAAAAAUGAGAAAUAGGGCCUUAAAGUUUUAUUCAAUUUCCCUGAAAAAUCAGUUGACUGUUGUCUUAAAAUAACUCUCAAAUGUUCUCUCAGCUCUCUAAAAUUGCGUUCGUUUCAGCUAUGGCCCAUAUCCACCAUAUGCCGCCGGCCCCAACUCCGUGAAUCCUAACAAAUUCGUGCGUCAGCUCCGAGAUGAAAGUGAGUGCGCUUGUCCUUAGGUCACAUGUUUCUAUUUUGACCACUUCCCCGAUCUUCGGAGAUCUGACUUUGGAGAGCUGAAUUUUCUUCGGGAAUCUGUCGGUGUCUUUGAGAACAUUGUAAUAGUCAUCAUCUGAGGGUGGCUUGCUAAUGAUAAGAUUUACUUUUGGCGCAACAUAAUGUAAUAUUGCGUUACGAGAUGGCCUUUAUAACCAAAAUGGCCAGUAUGGAGUACUAAAUUGGCCGAUUUAUUUUGGGAUUGAAUAGUUUAGUGGAAUAUUUUUGAAGUUUUUUGGAGGUGUUAUUGGCACAAGACCUGUUAUAACGACUACUCAGUAUGCCCCUUUUGCCUAACCGUUGGGUUUAUAUUUAUGAGGCAACCGUCUUGGACAGUUUUUGACCUGAUAUCGCUGAGCCACUUUUUCUGAAAUAAUCUUUUUCAGACCUAACAGUCACCCAACGCCAAGCCAACCAAAACCUGCAACCGCUCAUCAACGAGGACCCCAACCUUCGUUCGCGGAUCGACCAGGUCCGCCGACAGAACCAGUCGUCCUCCAACAACGAGGUGGACUCGCUGACCCAACGACUUGUAACCGGUUUGCAGACCGGGAAAUAUUAA